UAACAUUUUCUUCCGCGGAAACGACAACGAAUCAUUCCGCUACAUAUUGCUGACAGCACGAAUUUUACAAAAAAAGAAUACUGAUAAUUUCUACGUGGACAAGGACCGCUUUAAGGUUUAUCAUGUGGAGCUUGUUUGGACUGCGUAAGGACUCAAAGAAGUCAACCCCAGACAAGGAAGUAGAUGGAGGAUUUGUUAUUGUUGCCGAGACAGUUGAAGAACAGAGACAGAGGCUGCAAACCAUGAACGUCACACAGCCCUCAACAAAUGUCAUAGUGCAAGCAUCAAAGUCGUCCUGCUCAACUCCAGAUCCGCAGUAUGACACAAGGUUCCCAGCAACUUCACACAACACGGGGACAACGAUGAGACCUCGAGCAGUGGAAGCACAUUCAACUCUUCCAGAUCUCCUCGGGGAUGUCCCCUUCACUUUGGCUCCUCAUGUCCUGGCCAUGCAGGCAGGAUUCCCCCUCAUCCCUGAUAUAUUGCUGUCCCGGGACAUAAAUUAUAAUCUAGCCAGCUUUCAAUACGACUUCACUUUAGAGAAUUCUAUUCUUCACAACGCCUAGUUUCUUUGAACUGCAAUAUUCCAUAGUUCACACUAUGGGGAACAGAGCUGGUAGGCUGCCAUAGCUGACUUUAUAACAUAUUGAAGAGAACAAAUCAAACCUCAUCUAAAUGACACAAAAUUAAAUUAAUUUAAAUGUAGGGUUACUGAAAUAUAAUGAAUAUAUGGUCAAAUUGUACUGUUGAUCCCAAAAAGGUCACAGUUUUAUAGGAAAUGAAAGGCUUUCUUAAACUCUGUGUGUUGCUCAUGGUGUGCUGCUUAACUUAAACGCAGACGGACAGUUUAGGUUGUGAUUGCCUAAAACAUGGUUAGACAUUUUUUCAAGUUACACUCUGUAGAUAUAAUGAAGUAUAGGGUUACUGUGAUUAGCAAAAUGAAAACUCCAGGUUAUUACAACUCUGGCCCCAUUGCCAGCGCUUCAGCUAUCCCUUUGAGCAGUUAAGAUCAUGUUUUUUUCACCUCCAUGUAGCUGUUUCCAGCCCCACGGGCUAAGGCCCAGCCGGCGGCCACUCCCCGAGCCUGGCUUCAGGGUGAGAGCCCAGAAACCUCCCCCCAAGUGUAGACUUGUUCCUUGGUUUUUUUGCAAAGACAGCAAAGAAACCAAUGGUUUCUGAAUUGCUCUUUAUUGGUCUCCUCACCCAGGAACAAUUGGGAAACCGUAUCAUGGCAAAUUGACCCAACCACAUAGCUCCUAGGAUCACGACAUACAAACACCUCCACCACAAUAAGAUGUCGCAAUUUCUGCUCUAAAAUGAAGAGAUUCUGUGUCUAUUUUGUUUUCCUUAUAAACAUGCAAUGACCGUUUUGUUGGUCACUGCAUGUUUAUAAAGUUUGCUGUACUGCAUAACCAGUAAAGCAAACAGUUUGGGUUUUUUUUGCUAUUCUGCUGUUUUUCUUUUUCUAAUUUUAUUUGUUUCUUCUCUUUUGUACCAGAGAAUCUGUUUGAGGCACAUUGGCUCAUUCCGACUGUUGGAACCGCUGCUGUAGGACAUUUCUUCGUUAUGGUUUUUCUUCUUCAGGAAGAAAAACCAUAACGAAGAAAUGGGUACCUCCAAGCAUCCAUUACCAGGCCACCUGCUGGCUGGGGCUCAAAACAGAUUCCUUAAAAAUCAGAGCCACUACAAUUUUUGAGAAACCAGCAGUCUCUCAUAAAACAGACUGCUGCUGUCUAUAACUAUGUAAAAGUCAUUAUAUAGGCAGACAACAAACAGACAUGCAGCAGACAGCUUGCAACCAUUCACGGUUGUUGUAGAGCCAUAGCUACAUACCUUAUAUCUUUAGCCUGGAUUCCACUGCAAUGGAAAUAGAAUGGCUGCUGUUAAUGCGAAUGUUCGCACCAUCUUCCACGUGCAGAGUUCCUGCACAACUGCCUGACAAUAUGUGACAAUCUAAGUGAGGACUGACAUUCUGUAAAGAUCGAGAUACACUUUGGAUUCAGGUCUCAGCACAUCUGCUCUGAGACCUAAACCCACUGUUACUGGUUCCUGUGCCAUAAAGGGGCAACUUCUGCCUUGGUGUCUUCCAAGAACUAUCCAUUAUUUUGACAAAGAACUGAAUGUUACAUAGUAGCAGAAUCCACAUCACUGGUAAAUUUACAUCCCCAUAACAACUGAUGUCACUGAUUCCAGCUUAGUGCUCAGCAACUCUGUGGUUCCAGGCCAGUGCCAGCUGCUUGGUGUGUUUUCUGGCACUGGAUCCAGCCUUUAAUAUCCAGUUAAGUAAAUUAUCUCUGGACAUGCCCAGAACUGCCUUCUUGCUUCACAAGACUAAUGUCCCUAUUUUUCCUCAUCAACAUUUUUAACAUGUCAAGUUUUUUGUUGUUGUUGUUGUUGUUUUUCUUUUUUUUCUUUUUUUUGGGGGGGGGGUUGCACAUUUGCAUGGCGGCCCCUGUUACAAAAAUGGCCCAAGUUAUGAAUUCGAUUUUUCCUCCGAGAAAGAACUCAUUUUUGUAUUUGUCUGUUUGCCACCAAUUCAAACACUAUGAAAUGUAAAGUUGAAAAGGCACUGACUUGGUCAGUAACAUGGUCACUUGAACAGAUUUUGAAAUUCAUACCCUAGGUGCAGUUACUAAAAAAUCUUGAAUGACUUUCAAGACCUUAAGGUCAAGCUCUCAGUGAGCUUGACCUUAAGGUCAGAGGUCAAGUUUUCUAAAACUUCGGAAGGAAGUCACCUGGGAAAUUCAAAUUCAUACCAUGGAUUCAUCUAAUAAAACUCUCAGAUUGAGUCUCUGUGACCUUAACCUCAACGUCAGAUGUCAACUUUUCUGAAAUUCUCUUGGGAUUUUCAUUAUCAUGGAUAUUUUUACUAGGAGGCUGAGAGGUAGACCUGGCAGCCCCCAGUAUUUUUAAUCCAGUAAAUGUACAUGCUAAUGGUACCUUGCCUUUCCUGAGCUAGUGCACAUUUUACUCUGCAAAACAUCUUGUGAGCAUCGAAUAUAUGCUAUACACGGGUUAAUUGUAUCCCACUUUUUGCAUUUAAACAUUCACUGCUGUAAUCAGCAUUAAUAUAUUGAUACUUGUACUUCAGAUGUCAUGAGGAUUCAUGCAAGUCAUGGGUGACACUCAAACUUUACCUUUAGGUAAAUUCAUAUUAAAUUAUCAAUAUGCUGAAUUCACACAUGGGUUUCUACAAUGGAUGUAGUUUCAACAUCCUGUAAGCUUUUUAACCAGUUACUAGUGGCACUGCAUCACUGUGUGUGUGUGUGUGUGUGUGUGUGUGUGUGUGUGUGU